ACGCACCCACAUCGCAGGCGGCCGCGCCUAUUGAUCCGCCGCACACACGACUUGCCCCCCUGCCGACGCGUCGUCUACCUGUGGAACACGGAGUGGAUACACAUAUAUGCGGGUCAUAUCGUUGAAAAAGGCAUACGAGAAGCUCCAUCAUUAUGGCGACGAACGUUAUCAUACUGUGCAUUGCUUUGGUGCCCGCUUAUGUAAUCGCAUUUGGAAAGUACUCGGCAAAUAUAAAAGACUCUGAGUAUGUUCGAAGCAAACUGCUGGAGAACGUUAUCAACCAACUGGAAAAGGACAUCGUCAAGUCGGAGAUGGACGGUGGCAAGUACGACGCGGCGGCGAGGUAUGGGCCGCGGAUGAAGACCACUGAACGUGAACCUACCGGUGCCGACUACGAUGACGCGGCCGCGGACGGCCCGAACGCAGUGCCGUCGAUCCGGGACAACGAGUACGUGCAGCACGGCACGCUGUGGGGAGCGCAGUACAUGAGCGGUGGUGCCGGCGAAGGAGUGCAGAUUCUGAACCCAGACAGUCCGACGAGAAACAAAAAUGAAGUGAAAACCGACGCAGCGCUGCCGGCCUACUGCAACCCGCCCAACCCAUGUCCGGUGGGAUACACGGACGAAGAUGGUUGUAUAAUGGAUUUUGAAAAUACGGCGGCGUUCAGUCGAGAUUAUCAGGAAUCCCAAGAAUGCAUGUGUGAUUCUGAACACAUGUUUGACUGCGCAAGAUCGAAUACUGGCACCAAACACAGCGUUGACAUGGAUGAACUAGUAAGAACAUUUCAGGUAGAUGAUGAACAUAAGAGUUUGGUUGCAAAAAAAUUCCAUGUUAAAAAGGCAUUUAAUCCAUACUUACAAGGAGAAUUUCUGCCCAUAGCAGCAAAAAAGGGAAUUAACAUCGGAUUGUAACAUAUCUUAAUCCAAAACGACCAAUUAUUUAUUCAUUCUAUAUUAGACGAUUCCAACAACAAUGUUACAAAGAAAGAAAAAAAACAUAUAUUUAUUUCAACCAGUUUGUUUAUAAG